UAUCAAUAGCAGAGCAGUACCUUGCUUGGAGAACGCAGUGACAUCUCUGGCCCAGCUGGAGAACUCAGCUGCCAUUCAGAAGGCAGCCAACCACUACAGCAAGCAGAUGGCCCAGAGAGUUAGCUUCCCCACAGACACACUGCAGGAGCUGCUGGAGGAGCAUGUUGCCUGUGAGAGGGAAGCCACUGCAGUCUUCAUGGAGCACUCCUUCAAGGAUGACAAGCAGGAGUUCCAGAAGAAUCUUGUGGAAAUCAUAAAGAAUAAGAAAGAGGAUUUCUUGAUGCAGAAUGAAGAGACAUCAAUCAAAUACUGCCAGACUAAACUUGAUCAGCUUUCAAAGACACUAAUGGAAAGUAUCUCAGCAGGAACUUUCUCUGUUCCUGGAGGUCAUGAUCUCUACAGGAAAGCAAAGGAAAUUAUUGAAAGGGAAUAUCAUCAAGUGCCCAGGAAAGGAGUGAAGGCAAAUGAGGUCCUCCAGAGCUUUCUGCAGUCACAGGUGGCAAUAGAGAAAUCCAUCCUGCAGGCAGAUAAAUCCCUCACUGAUGGGGAGAAGGCCAUAGCAGAGGAGUGGGCCAGGAAGGAGACAGCUGAGAAAGAACAGGAGCUGCUGAAACAGAAACUGCAGGAGCAGCAGCAGCAGGUGGAGGCUCAGAAUAGGAGUCUCCAGGAACACAUAGACCAGCUGAUGGAGAAGCUGGUGAGGGAAAGAGAAAACCUGCUGAGAGAGCAGAGCAAGAUGUUGGAGCAUCAGCUGAAGGUCCAAGAAGAUCUGCAUACUGAAGGAUUUAGAAAGAAAUGUGAGGAGAUGAAUGCAGAGAUAAAUCGUUUGAGAAAGAGGAUUGUUGAUACUAAAAAUGAUGAUAGUACCUUGCUUGCACAAGCCUUGGACAACCUUGGCAAAAGAAUCACUUCAUUAUUGCCUGCCCCAGCUAACAUUCUUGGUAACGUUGUGAAAGGAGUUGGCUCAGUAUUUAAAAAGAAGUAGCUCUCCUUGUAAAGGAAUCAGAUAUAUAAUAUAUUAUACAUGUAUAUGCUCUGGCCUAUUUCU